AUGGAAACCACCUCAAGCAAUGACAUUGAAUUCGAAGAGGUCAAAUUCAGUUCAAACGAGCAGUAAUAAGAUUCUACAAGCAUUCAAGAAUUCUCAAUAGACCCUGAACAGUUUGAAAGCUAUGUUGAGCAAUUGAAUUAAGAAACAAAGGAAUUCGUAUCUGAGUAUAAAUCGUACAAGAACUAGUAUUUUUCAGCAUUAGAUGAUGAUGUAUUUUUCAAUUUGGUUAUACCUGUAUUAUAGGUCUAUGUCAUUAACAAAAAAUGGUUUAAGCAAUGGAAAUCAUUUGUGUGCUUUAAGUAGGUGAAGAAGCAUUAUCAUGUGAAUCAUAACUAUGAAAAUUUGAAGAGGGACUACCCUGGCAGAAUAAAUAACGAGGAAUUACUGAAAGAUUUCAGCAAAUAUCUUAGAGAUGAUGAUUUGACAGAUCCAGCUAACUUUACUAUCAAGUACAGGCUCAGUGAAAGAUUUGAUUAUAAACUGCUUCCCAAAAAAUGUUGGGAAAUACUAUAGAAUAGAUUCAGAGGAUUAGAAUUAAAGAGAUUCAAGGAUACAGACUUUUACAACAGAAAAUUUAUCGUCAAGUUUCCAGAUAUCAGAAUUUUGAUACUUCCUCCAUUAGGAUAGAUUGACUCAGAGAACUUUCCUUCCACUGAGUUAGUAUUCAUUGUCCCUAGUGAUAGAUUUGAAAGGCUAAAGGAAAAGAUACUGAGAUGCAUAAACCUAAGAAGGGAAUAAGUUGGUUAAAGCCCAGUCGAAAAUAUCAGAAUAUGGAGGGCUAAUCCCUACUAUAGCAGAAUUGAUAGAUGGAUUGAUUUCGUAAAAUAAUACAACUUAGAAGGUUAGAGUGGGAUUGAUAAAUUCACAGAAUAGCAAAAAGAGAUUGUCAUGGACCAAGACAUUGAGGAAAACACAGGUGUUGAGUUUCCCGGUCAGUAGUUUGACUCUUUUCUGAACAAAACUUACUCGGAACUUGAUAAGUCUAAUAAUUCAAUCAACUCUAAUUAUGACCUGAUUAUUGUUGAAGUUCCUAAUCAAAAUAAUAAAUAUAUGUUCAGAUACAACAAAAAUCCUGGUUCAUUUGGUAAAUGUGAAAACUGUUACCAAACUAGAAUGCUUAAGGUAGUUUGUCCUUGUAAAAAAGUCAGUUAUUGUGAUGAAAAGUGCAGAUCAAAUGACGAAAAGUAUCAUCUUCCAAAUUGUGAUGCCGAGUCUCAGAUAGAUUUUGAUAAGCUAGAUUUAAAACCUAUGCCUAAUGCUAGAAAUGGAGUUGUCGGCCUUUAAAAUCUAGGAAACACUUGCUUUAUGAACUCAGCUUUACAAUGCCUAAGUAACAGUUGGCCUCUUACCAGAUUCUUCCUAGACAAGCACUUUGCCAGUCAAGUAAAUGAAGAUAACCCUCUAGGUACUAAAGGCCAGGUAGCUUUUCAUUUUGCUAAGUUGCUUAAUGAGUUAUGGAACAGAGAAAACGAUACAUUCUCUCCAAAUAUGUUAAAAAGACAUAUUGGAAAACAAAAUCCUAUGUUCAGUGGCUAUUAAUAGCAUGAUUCAUAAGAAUUUUUAAACUUCUUGCUUGAUACUCUGCAUGAGGAUUUAAAUAGAGUAUAAAAGAAGCCUUAUGUAGAACUAAAGGACUCUGAUAACAGAUCUGAUGCAGUUGUUGCAACUGAACAUUGGGAAGGACAUUUGCAAAGAAACAUGUCUAUCAUCGUAGAUCUCUUUUAGGGAUAAUACAAGUCUACAUUGCAAUGCCCAUAGUGCAAAAGAGUGUCAAUCACUUUUGACCCAUAUAUGAGCAUUCCACUUCCAAUCCCACUGAACUUUUAAUUAAGCUAUUACUUCCUGCCUGAUAGAGUAAGCAAAAAGAUAUAUAGAUUUGAUGUAUUCAUAAGAAUGUCUUAUUCAGUCCUAGAUGCAAAGCAAAUCAUUGCAAAGCAAGCAUCAGAGUAUUAUCAAGAAUACAUCAGCCCUUAUGAAUUCAUUUUAGCUCAGGUUAGCAAAUCAGAUUUUGCGAUCACUUAACUAUUUAAGGACAGCGAAUAAAGUGGUUCCCUUAAUAUUAACUUUGGCUCGAACUUCAUAUUCGCUUACCAGAUUGAUAAAGCAGCUUUGAACACCAAAGUUCUUCCAAAAGUAACUGACCAACAAAUUAAAGAUGCAUUGACAUUACCUUUUAAUUAAAAAGUACUAGAUCAAGAUUUCGAAUUUGAUGGCGAUGAGGAGUAUAAGGGUGAUGAACCAAUGAAAACUUAAGAGGAACCAACUAUCUUAAAGUUAGACUCGAUUCCUCUAGAGAAUCUUAUUAAUCCAGAUUGGAUAUUUGUGCCAGUUAUGCCAGUAAUAAGAUUCCAAAGAUAAAAUAGUGGGAAUUAUUAUAGCUAUAAUAACAGUUCCAUCAAGUUUGAUAACAAGCAAGCCAUUCCUAGAUUAUUCUGGUUUAAUAAAAACUAGCCAUUGGCAGAUGUUUAGAGAAAGAUAGUUCAAAACUACUCAUUUGCUUAGGAUUUCGUAAAUGAACCAGAAGUGCAUGAUCCCAACGAAUACUAUGUAAAGCAUUAUGAAAAACUACUCAAUCAGCUUUAAAACAAUGAGGACGUCUCUUAAGAUGAUUUGAGUUAGGAUAUCACUGAAUACCCUUUUACAAUAAAUAUAGUGAAUCAAAAUCAGAGGUACUAUGCACCUCCAUGCAGAAACUGUUAGAGCAAUUGCAAAAAUUGCCCAAUGCCAAUUAGUAGCCAGAAGACCUUCAGAGAUCUUUUAGAUCAAAUGGUACAUAAGGAGAAAUUCUUUGACAAUUAAAAUUUGUUCAUUAAUUAAGAUGAAUUUAAGGAGCAAAAUGACUCAGAUGAUGAUAAUAAUGGUGGCUAUAAUAGCUAUAACAAUAAUAUCUAUUCAAAUAAGAGCAAGUUCAAGAAUAAUUUAUAAGAUGACUCUGAUGAUGAUGAAAGCAUUUACAAUGAGGAAGCUUAAAAAAAGAAACUAAAAUAGGAAAAUAGAGGUAGACAAAAGACCUUUUUAUUAGAGCUAGUCUUUGUGAAUAGAAUUCUCAGAGAGCAGACUAACAGUAUAGCAUCCAGACUAUUGACCUUUGAUAAACACCCAAGAGAAAAACAAUCAGACAGCUAUGGUUAUAAGUCCAAAAAGGGCAGCUCCAGUUAAUAACUUUCUGAUUGUUUAGACUACUUCAGACAUGUUGAAAAAUUAGAAAAGUAAAACUCCUGGUAUUGCAAUAAAUGCUAGGAUCAUGUAGAAGCAACUAAGAAGAUUGAAAUUUACACUGUACCUCCUCUCCUAAUUCUGUGUCUCUAAAGAUUUAAAAAUAAGUCUUACAGUUAUGAUAAUAAACUAGAAGAUAGAAUAGUUUUCCCAAUCGACGAUCUCGAUAUGACUUAAUUUGUAGUCUCUAAAGAAUAAAAGAAGGAAUUGAGCCUUCUGUAUGACCUAUAUGCAGUAUCAAAUCACUAUGGAAGCAUUAAUUUUGGCCAUUAUACUGCUUAUUGUAAGAAUUAUUUGAAUGGUAAGUGGUAUGAUUUCAACGACUCUAGUGUCUCUGAGGUUGAUUCUCCUACUGAUGUUGUUUCUCAAGCGGCUUAUGUUCUUUAUUACAUAAGGAAAGAUAUAAAGCCAAAUUCCCUAAACUUCGAAUAAAUUCAAAGAACAAUAAGUGAUCCCGAAAUAAUGUAAAAGCUGACGAGUAAGCCUCCACUCAUUACUUAAACAGCAGAAAAUAACAUGGGGUCAUCUUUAUCAAACCAAUCAAAAAUUUAGGGUAUUCAAACUGCUGAGAUUAAUUCUAACUACAUUGAGUCAUAUAUUAAUGAUGAUGAGAGAGAUCAAGAUUCUGACAAGUUCGAAGUUAUUUACGCCCCAGGUAACGACGACUAAUUUGAGGCAAAUUACGGGGAUAUACCGCCACCCACUGCAGACACCUACAAUGAUUAUCAAAAUAUGUAAGAUAACAAUAGUUCCCAUGAGUCAGAAGAAGAAGAUUGA